AUGCAUUCCUGGUGAAAUGGUACUGCCUGAUGUUUUUGAUUGUUCAAUAACACCUGACGUAGCUGGUUUAUCUACUGACUGGUAUUGACACUAGAAUGUGUUACAAGUGGUAUCAAUAGACCACAUUUUAUAGCUUGUUUUACCCGUAGAAACUAUUACCUUAGGUCCGACUGGGAUUUUAUAUAUUUAUUGUUGUUAUGGAAGUAGACAUGGAACAAUCUACAACUGAGGAAUCCCAGAGUGUAAAUAUGGACACCGGCCAUAUUGAUUUUGGAGCUAGUGGGGGAUUCACUGUGGACAUCAAAAGGGAUAACUCGGGAAAAGAGCUGUUAAAGUCGAAGCAUGGGAGAGUAGAUGGUGCAGUGCUGCCAUCCAUGUCCCCCGGGAAAGUGGAGAGUUCCCAGUCAUCAGGGUCUGCAGAGUGUUUUAAUGUGGGAGGAGAGUUAGGGCUGAGACCAAGCCUUCUAGAUGAUGUUCUGUCUGAUAAAAAGAUGGCUUUGAUGAGAUCUCCAGAGGUUAUGCGUUUUCUGCAGACACAGCAGGCAAAAAUUGCAGAAGAGAAGCAGAGUAGUGAGAACAAUGAUACCGUCAGGGGAGACAAAUCCUGACAGGGAAUUUGUUCUUAAUAUACAUUUUUUUUUAUAACAGAAUGUUUGAAUGAGAAAUUCUUUCUCUUUAGUUCCAUACAGUUAAGCUGUGUGUAGCAUUCUUCUAUGUACAUGCAAAAAAGUGGUGUGUUGGUUCGUUCCUCCCUGGCUUCGUCCUUGACAUUUAGAAUACACACCAAGAAUACAGUUUGAUUCACUGGCUGGAGUCGCCAGAAACAGUUUAACGUCACAUCUCUGUGUGACUGAACAUCACAUACCCUUUUUAAUAGUUUAAUAUUUCAUAUUUGUACAGAAACUUCAAUUAGUGUAGUCAUAAUUUAGUGCAAUAUCCUAAGUGCAUAAAACGCAAAAAUUAGAAAACCGCUAAACUAUGUAUGUCUAUAGUAUUUGACUGACUUGGUUAAAGGAAAACAAAUUUACAGCUACAUUGAGAAGAUUGCUGGUAGAAGAAGUAUAAGGAACAUGCUUGAUGUAAUCAAGAACAUUUCCCAGGUGUUUUAACACUUCAGACUUGUAAUAUAGGAAGUACUCGACCCUCACGGAAUUAUUGUGUAAAUUAAGUAUCGUAUUUCGUUUUAUUAUUUCCAAUAAGUAGGGAACAAAAAAUUGUUUCCAGAGGAUUGAAUAGGAUAGAGCUGCCAGCUCUUGAAAACUGUGUAAAAAAUCAGACAAUGCAUAAGUCAUCCCGACUACAAAAUCAUUUAUGUUCUGCAUCUGAAUGCAGAUUGACAAGAUUCCGCCAAAUUACCACAACACACAGAUGUUGACUGUUGUUAGGGGAAUACAUGUAGUGUGUUCAGUAAAGAAAAUGUUUUGGAAUGUUUCAAACUCAUACUAUAGUCAUAUAAGUCAGUAUAUAUGUGUAAUACUGUUAUGUUUUGAAAUGGGGAGUUCGCUUCUAUAAAUUAUCUUGAUGACUUACAACAUUGAAAAUUGAUUUUAAAAAGCUUGAGUGCAACCAGAAUAGGUUUCACCAGCCUUGGUUACUCAUAAAUAAGCCAGUUGAAUAUUGUGAAUACCUUCCUGUCCAACAUGUGGAUCUAUACUGCAAACAGGAGCAGAUGUGCCCUAAUAACAUUGAAUGCUAUUAUACAUGUUGAUUAGUGAAAAAUGUGAUUUAUUGAAUAAAUUAUUGCUUUA